AUGGCCACCUACAAGCAACUCCAGCGCGAGCCAGCUUUCAGGGAACUCUUCAGCAAGAGAAUCACAACACUGCAAGAUAUAUAUAACAUUUUCAAGGAUUCGACCUUUAUCGCAAUCGACACCGAGCAUUUUCCCAUCACAAGCGGAAAGGAUCGGAUCCUCCAUCAGGUUGGCCUGGCACAUAUUCAGAGCCUAACACGAUAUUUAUCUCAAACGAACGAUACAUCACGCAGUACUGGCCGGCCAUGCUUUGAAGAUUUCUACAAUGAGAACAAAAUCCGGGCUCUAGCUCUCAACAUCAAUAUCAGUCAAGAAAAGCGAGAGAGAAUUAUUCGUCUUAAGGGGGAAGGCGGCGUGCCGACUCGCCGUCGGCACCGCUUUGGCAGAGAGCAGCAAGUGGAUCUUGAAAAUUUAGAAGAGACCGUUAUCGAAUUCAUACAGAGCUGCGAGGGCAAGGGAAGUUUGGUUUUGAUGGGCUUUGAGAUGGCAGCCGAGUGGACGUAUUUAUCCAGAAACUUCUCUCGUGCCGUACCUUUCUUCUCGGCGUGGGUAGAUCUUCGGGAUAUCGGUAAAGAUAUAAGUUCGUCAGUUGGGAAGGACAUUCAGCCUGGAAGAGGGGAUCUUGGCGGUGGUAUUGCUGAUAAUGCCGGAGAUGAUGCUGUGGCUACUUGCGUGUUGGCCAGCGCUCUCCUAGAUUCGGAGAAUCAUGAGAAACUGCGAUUUCGACAGGAAUGCAGCCGGAUUGCUGGCAGGAAAGGGUACCGGGUUCCGGAUGUGCGGGAUCGAUUCACUGUGUCGAUUUGUGCUCAAGGAGCACUUCCAUCUACGAUCAAUUCGGGGAUGAAUCUGGCCCGCCAAUUCUUCGAUUAUUCACCCCAAUCUGCUGGGAUAAUGUCUGAGGAGAUAGCUUAUCUCACAUUCAGAAGUCAAGACCAAAUGGAUCAAUUCGUCGCUGGUAUACAUGGACUGGUACUGCCGACAGGCGACAUAUUAUCUGUUCAAGGUUAUUCCCGGGCAAACAGAUCAAUGGAGAGCGAAGAUGAUGAGCGAAAAGAGAAACGGGAGCUAAGACAGAGGAAGAGGCUGGAAGGGACUGCAAGCGAAGUGGAGGAUUUAGGGAAUCUUUUUUCCAGUCAGUUUCUUUCUGCAUAG